AUGCUGCCUUCGGUGGCACCUUUCCCGCCGGUUCAGCCGCAUCAGCACCUUAAUCAUUAUCACGCCGAUACCCUCAAUCCCUCUUACGACAUGAACAGCUCGUCUUUUGCAUCAUCUUCCUCUCGUCAUGACCCGAACAGACAUUCCUUUCAUUCGAUCCCUCGGUCCCGAUUUCAAUACCCGCAACCUGUCCAGCGUCUCGAUCCUCACGAUACGACCGGCCUGAGAAUUAGCCCCAAAAGUGUUGGGGAGCAUGCACUGAGAAGGAAAACACCAAAUGGGACGCUUGCCGCUGGUUAUGACGGAACUCCCGGGGAUACAACGAUUCAGCCUCCCGCAAGUAAGCAUCUUCUGGUUUCUUCUCUCGAAUCGGGACAGCUUCUCCCUCCACAUACAGGCCUCCCGUUGGAGAAUUGGCAGCAGCAGCAACAGCAGCCUACCCUAGACCAGCCCUCGUCCGCUAAGCACUUUAAUUUCCCGCCCGUGUACAAGAAUGACCUGAAUCGCAACAUUGUUCCGGGGGAUUUGGUGCAAGAUCCGAACGGGACAGGUUGGAUCCGUUCGUUGAACUACGGUCCUGGGAUAGACUCGGUUCUCAAUCAGACUUUACCAAUGCAACCAGGGCAGCGAUAUUAUUUGCACAACGGCGCUCAUGUUCCUACCGUUCUACCAGCCACACUCCAGCCCUAUAUGGGCCCUACAGCAUCGGCGAGUAGUGGGCCAUACGGUCCAUAUUGGCCCGACGGCGUGUACAUCCCUUAUCGACCAGCGGCGCUUCGCGAUUCACGGUACAACUCGCCGACCACUUUUGCGAAGCAAUUGGCCCCGACUGGUAUGCCACUUUACGAUGUAGGGCAGCCUACCUUCAAUCGAGGGCCUGUACCGUCGGCCGGUCACGUUGAUCCGAAUUUCCAAUGGAACCAAGCUAACCAAGCUCCAUUGGGCAUGCUAAACCCUGACCAUUCGCUGAAGAGCAACUUUCCUCCGCGUCAUUCCGAACAGAAGCCGCUCGAUCCUCAUAGCCAGCACGUGCUACCAUACCACACGCGUCAAAAUAACCAUUCCUCUGGCUAUCCUUCGCAGCCCACCAACGAAACGUUUGCGCAUUGGGCUACUCCUGGUGGGCAUGGCUUCCAGAAUCCAGCCCCGACUCCCAACUCGCGAACGGCGAAUGGUGAAUUCAAGGAAAAGGCGCUUUCAUGGGCGCACGGUGUUUAUGUUGAUCUUCUUGCGUCUAUUCAUCAGGCUCGAAGAAGCAGCAUUUCGAACGCUCCUGAUGGCCAGAGCCAGCGAUUCAUGAAGCCCAGCAUCUACCCCAAGCCUCCGCGACAACCAGGACUGGAUUUCUCUCAAACUAACAUGCCGGAAAUUACCCGUCAUCACAGUUACCCGUCCAGCCAGUAUGACCUGCUCCCUCAUAAAUUGAACCCGAGACAGAUGGACACCGUUCGUUCUGCCCCUAAUUUCUUGGUAAAUCGUCAAGAGCGUCCUUCAUUGGCUCACUUUCAACAACACCAUGGAGCGACCGAGAAACAUAUGGCAGAUAGAUUACGCCAUACCGGGCGCUUCACGGCUUCUCGGUUUCCAAGUAUGGCGAUGAAUGAAAACUCGACUGCCGCAAAUGCGAUAUCUGCUUUGGAAAUGUUGUCCCACCUGUGCAUGGAGAGUAGGUGGGAAUGGGUUGAUGGAAUUCUUCUUGGGGGUUGUCUUGCUUAUGGCUUGGGAGACUAUCAAAAGGCCUUGAGAUGGUAUUCUAGGAUCAUUGCAAGAGAUGCAACACACGUGGAAGCGAUAUCGAACCUUGCGGCCACACUUUUGGCUCUCGACCGCCGAGAAGAGGCUUUGGAUCACUGGCUGCGAGCUGUGAAACUGCGCCCGAGCUUCUUUGAGGCGGUGGAGCACCUAAUAGGUCUCCUGUGUAGCACACAUCGGAGCAAGGAAGCCGUCAACAUCAUUGACUUCGUUCAAAAUUCGUUACGAUAUCCGAAGAAUGGUGAUUGCUUCAAGGGCGACGAGCAUGCUAGUGAAACCGAGAGCGAUGUAGAAAGUCGAGCUUCUAGCGUAUCUGACUUGGGCUCGUACGAGAAAGCGUCGUUUGACUACGACGAUGAUCUUGGACGAUCGGUGCCUCCUAAUUUUGGUGUAGCUGAGACUACUCCUGCUGGAUUUGCUUCUAGUGGAUAUGCCAUACCGGGGUCAGAUAAUGGUAGGAUGCUCGCUCUCGUCCACGCUAAAGGCAAUAUGCUUUAUGCUCUCGGUGACAAUGCAGGAGCUGCGGUGGCUUUUGAAGACGCAGUUUUGAUUGCCGCUGGCAGACGACGUCAUGGAAUCCAGAGUCUGAUCAAGCAGAUUUUUGCUGCCUUUUCGCCUGGGCCCCGUAACGGCUACUCGGGAUCAGAGCAGCAUGAAUCGAGGGAAAGCAUUCUCCUCUAUCCCGACAAGGCCCUGCAGACCUCGAAAUUGGUUUUUUCUCCCUGCGGAACACCGCCGGGAAUCAAGUAUGUGGCCGAAGGCCUUGCAAGGAAGGCCGCUAUAUCCACUACCAGUAAUUCUUUACUGUCCCUUGCGAAAAUCUACCAGGAUGGCAUGUCUGCCAUUUCUACUUCGGGCGGUCCCAGAGCGGCGCCUGGCGUUCGCGACAUCUUGGCUCUCUACUACCUUUCACUCUCCCUUCAACAAAGUCCGUCCACUGCAAACAACGUGGGUAUUCUACUUGCAGGCAUUCAGAACAAUGCACCUAAGAAUCUCCCACGUCCGACUGGGGAAAGCCAGCACCCUGACAUUCCGGGAGUGGUUCCCGGUAGCGGGAUUUCUCUCGCUCUGGCUUACUACAACUACGGUUUACAUCUUGACUCGCGGCACGCUCAUCUAUAUACCAAUCUUGGCAGUCUUCUUAAAGACAUUGGUCAGCUUCACGCGGCCAUUCGAAUGUACGAGCAGGCGGUACAGUGCGACGGCAAUUUCGAUAUUGCUCUGGCGAAUCUGGCAAACGCAGUCAAGGACGCCGGUCGCGUCAACGAUGCCAUUGGUUAUUACAAGCGGGCCGUGAAAGUGAAUCCUGAAUUUGCAGAGGCGGUUUGUGGUCUUGCUAACGCUCUGAAUUCUGUCUGCAAUUGGAUCGGUCGCGGUGGGAUUGCCAACGGAUACGGUUUCCGCGAUCGAUGGCACGUCAACGAACAGGGGAUGCUCCGUGAUGCAUACAACAUCGACAUCGGCUCUGGUUGGAUCAAGCGUGUGGUCGAUAUCGUUGAGCGUCAACUCAGAGAGGGUGAGACUUGGGGCCGUGGCUUGCUGACCCCUAGCACGAUCGACCAACUGUGCACGCAGCUUGUUCCGGCCGUGGAAUCUCGACGGUUCUCGCCCGGCCAAAGAGGCUCUUUGGCUGCGAUCCUCCAGUCAUGGGCCGGCCAGAAAUGGGAAGGUUCAAGGAUUGUGAAACUUGUUGAGCGUGCUACACGAUCACUCACCUGGCAGUGGUAUCAAGAUCGUUAUGUCUAUGGCAAGGACUAUGGUCUGUCCAAGUAUGUCCGACCGCAGCUUCCACCUGGAAUUACUGCGCCGAACGCACCGACCGUCCUGCCUUUCCACACGUUUACCUGUCCGCUUUCUGCGAAACAAAUCCGCCAGAUUUCGCAACGGAAUGGUCUUCGCAUUUCCUGUUCGACGCUUCGCGCUCCGUGGCUUCCGAGUACCGUAUACCGACCGCCGCCGCCUCCGAAUCCGUACCUCAAAGUUGGAUAUGUGUCGUCCGACUUUAACAACCAUCCUCUGGCUCAUCUGAUGCAGUCUGUAUUUGGGCUGCACAAUCCUUCCAAGGUGAAGGCAUACUGCUAUGCGACCACUGCGAGCGACAAGUCGAUCCAUCGCCAGCAGAUCGAAAAAGAGGCCCCGGCCUUCCAUGACGCUAGCGGUUGGCCGGUUGAUCGACUUGUCCAUCAGAUUGUCGAGGAUGGAAUUCACAUUCUGAUUAAUCUGAAUGGCUAUACGCGAGGUGCUCGCAAUGAAGUCUUUGCCGCAAGACCUGCACCAAUCCACAUGUCAUUCAUGGGUUUUGCAGGAACCCUUGGUGCCGAAUGGUGUGACUACAUCCUUGCAGACAAGCUGUCGAUUCCUCCCGAGACGCUCAGCCCUGGGCGACGCAAGGCCCGGAUGGAGGAACGACUGUUGGAGGAGGACCAUGGCGAAGAACUUGAAGACUGGGUGUAUGGCGAGAAGAUUGUCUUUACUCGAGACACUUUCUUCUGCUGCGACCACCGACAGAGUGCGCCCGACUCCAAGGAGAUGCACGUCACUUGGGAUCAGGAGCAGGAACGACGGUGGCGUAUGCGCAAAGAGCUGUUUCCGAACCUCAGCGACGACACUAUAAUACUUGGUAAUUUUAACCAACUUUACAAGAUUGAGCCGACGACUUUCCGUACGUGGCUUCGUAUACUAGCGGGGAUUCCUAAUGCGGUCCUUUGGCUGCUUCGCUUCCCGGAUCUCGGUGAGCAGAACCUCAAGGAGACGGCCGCUGCUUGGGCUGGACCAGAGACUGCGUCACGGAUAAUAUUUACGGAUGUGGCGCCUAAGAAUGCGCACAUAUCGCGGGCCAAGAUCCUGGAUCUGUUUCUGGAUACACCCGAGUGCAACGCACAUACGACCGCGACGGACGUGUUGUGGAGUGGAACACCACUGCUCACACUACCUCGAUACCAAUAUAAAAUGUGCUCGCGGAUGGCGAGCAGCAUUCUGAGCAGCGCACUUCCGAAUUCGGAGGAUGGGCACCAGGCACGGAAAGAAUUGAUCGCCGUGUCUGAUGAGGACUAUGAGAACAAGGCGAUUCGACUUUGCCGCAGCCUGCAGUAUCUGCGAGGCGGGCAAGGGCGGGCACAAGGCAGGCUGUCGGACCUGCGCAAGAUGUUGUUCCACGAGCGAUGGGGAAGCAAGUUAUUUGACACGAACCGAUGGGUUCGUGAUUUGGAAGACGCAUAUGAGCAAGUCUGGAAACAUUGGGUGAAUGGCGAAGAAGGAGAUAUAUGGUUAUGA